UUCCAGCGGCCUCCGUUCGCCGACUUACGCCCAUCCGGUGCGGCGUGCAACCUUCGACGAAUAACGAAUCUGCCAGCAGUACAUUUGUCUUCUGCUUUUCACCAAGCUUCAAGACUCAGAGACACUCGCUACCGAUCCAACGUCGGCAAACAGUUUGCCUAGUGACAACACGGCAUUCCGCUUUGGACUUCACCGAGAGUUGAAGACUUUGCUAUCGGUACCGCUGGUCCUUAUCUGUGCCCAGUAGCCCUUGUUGGUUUGUUCUAAAUCGGCCAACUUUUUGGUUAAAGGAUGUCUGGACCAACGCCUCAACGUUCACCGUCUGCGUCGUAUAAGCAACUGCCACAGGAUGAACGAGGAGAAGAGGAUAUGGCGCAGUACAAGAAGGCUUUAGCUACGGGCGCUUCCUCGAAGGAAGGUGUCUCUACAGCUGUCCUACCUAUCGUUUCCUACUGUUGCGCCUCGAUACUCAUGACAGUUGUCAACAAGUUUGUGGUGUCCGGACGAGACUUUUCUAUGAACUUUUUGCUUCUGACGAUCCAAUCCACUGUCUGUGUUGCGUGCGUCAUGGUUGUGAAGAAGGCGGGAAUUAUUUCUUUUCGAGAUUUUGACAUGGAGGAUGCGAAGAAAUGGUCUCCUAUAAGCUUGCUACUAGUUAGUGUGAUAUACACGGGAUCAAAGAGCAUACAAUACCUCAGCAUUCCAGUGUACACCAUAUUCAAGAACCUGACUAUCAUUUUAAUCGCUUACGGGGAAGUUAUCUGGUUUGGCGGACGGGUGACAGGCCUCACCUUCUUGUCCUUUAUAAUAAUGGUCAUAUCUUCAAUCAUUGCCGCAUGGUCCGAUAUUGCAAAUGCCUUGGAUACGACCUGGUCUUCACAGGAUCCAGCCGCGGCCAUAGGCGGUUUACACGCUGUCCAGAGUGCGCUCACGAAGCUGAACAUCGGAUAUUUCUGGAUGUUCUUCAACUGCAUCACAUCUGCGGCUUUUGUGCUUUCGAUGCGCAAACGUAUCAAAGUCAUGAACUUCGGAGACUGGGAAACGAUGUUUUAUAACAAUCUGCUGUCCAUCCCUGUUCUUAUCGUUUUCUCUUUCCUUGUGGAGGACUGGAGUUCAGAAAAUCUCACUAAAAGCUUCCCUCCAGAGACCAGGACUUUCUUGCUGUUUGCUAUUGCCUUCUCCGGCGCGGCCGCGGUAGGAAUUUCCUUUACAACAGCAUGGUGUAUACGAGCGACGAGUAGUACGACGUACAGUAUGGUUGGUGCACUGAACAAGCUUCCAGUCGCGGCAUCAGGCAUGCUUUUCUUUGGGGAUCUGGUCACUCUCGGUUCCGUGAGCGCAGUACUAGUAGGUUUCCUGGCAGGAGUUGUCUAUGCAGUGGCAAAGAACAACCAAAAGAAAGCAGAGAGCGCACGGAAACAAGCUGACAGCAUUAUUCCACUUACACAACGCAAACCUUGAUAAGACGCGUUGGUGAAGCUCUUUAUAUAUUUGGUUAAGGAGUGAAAAGGUCGGAUAAUACCACGCGGGUGAUAUAAUCAGUGCAAGAUGAGCAUGAUUUUUACUCGGGAGACGUGUUUUAUUUUCCGCGGUGACAUGUGUUCAUCGAAACGGCGGUGUAUUCAUAAGUAUGAAUAGCUUUCGGGACUGCUUUCGAUGGUUUUUAUCUGUUUAGAUCGUUUACAUAGAGACACGUUUUUUUAUCUGUCUAUAUAAUCACACGGC